GUCAUUGACAAGAUCUAUUGUGCCAUGGAUUUCUCUAUUGAAGCGUUGAUUUCUCGGAAAAGAAAACGCGUCGAAAGACAGGAAAGUCAUGCACAGCUUCAUAAUCUUUUCGAUAAGCUGAAUGAAGACAUUGAACUCAAUGAGCAAGAUGACGCCGAUCUUCAACCUGAGAAAGAGGAAUCCAAAGAAGAAGCCGAGAAAGUUCCAGACGAAGAACUACUUUUUAGCGAUUCAUCCGCCAAUGAGAAUGAAGAAGAUGCGCACCAACUGGUCAGCGUAGCAAGUAACUUUUUGGAUGAAGAACAAUCCUCAAAAUUGAAGGAGGUCUUGACAAAGUCGACGGAAAAACGAAAAAAGGAACGCAGGUACCAAUUUUUCAAACACAGAACAAAGUUACCUUGCCCGAGAUUAUCAAAAGACAUGUGUCAAGCCGUCAGUCCCUGUUCUCAAGGAAAAGUGGAUUUUGUCCUAUCGCUGGCAGAUUCUGCCGAAGGGCGACGAUUCCUUUUAUCCAAUGGAACUUUGCGAUAUUGGUAUCGAAGAGGGUGGACUUGCCCGCAUUAUAUUUAUCAAUGGCUCAUGGAGAUAGUGGCUUUGGAACGGGAUGCCAUGACGGCCAAGCAUGCAUACGACACAUUAUUAUCACUAUGGUCCAAUCUGGGAAGACAAUGCAGCCCACUGCAAAAGGGCACCAAAAUCAAGUUGAAAGACGGCAAUCAGCAUAUUACUCUGAGCACCUUUGUAUAUAUCUUGGCAAGUUAUGGAGCCAUCCCUUUGGAAUUAUCAAGCAACGAAGGGAUGGUCACCGAUGUACAUAUAGACGUGAACAGUAUCUGCGAAACAGUAGUACAAGCGACGGUCGAUGUAACAGUAGAAGAGCGGAUUCCACUGACCCAGUUUGCUUGGGUACUUCAGCUCAUGGGUAUUUCAGUGAAAUCAUGGCAUUUUCUUUACGAUGGCAUGUCGAUCAAGUAUCUGCUGCAAUUGUUGUUUCAAAUAUCUUUGGAUCGCGUGGCUCCUUAUCUCAUGCGAGAGAUCGAAACAGCGGUAGCGUGUUGUCUUUCUAUCCUGUCAGAAGCAAAGUGGCAGCAAAAGAUCCGAAAAUAUGCUCUGGAUACCCGAUUGCGCUUUCCUUCUCUUGAACAUCAAGUGCAACUAUUUCGUACGAUGAAGCCGACCUGCGAGCGCACAUUGUAUUUCCAGCGAAUUCUGGCACUUACCUCACUGUCUUUUUAUCACAACCAUGAAGAUGAAGAAUUGACGAGAAAUGAGAUUUUGGAGCUUCAAUCCAGUCAUGAUAUUAUCAGUUUUAUCAUACGUCUUCUGACGGAUCAAGGAAGCAUAUUUCAGCAGAGGAAGCCGGACUUUGUUAUGCUGCAGCAUUUAACCUUGAUAUUGGACGUUGCUGUUAGCAACAACGAUACAGAACUUAAAAAAGAUAAGGAUCGGAUUCAAGAUAUCAUUGUGGAACUGCAAAAAAUUGGCAGAAAACUUGGAGGAAGAGUUGGCGUACUGGAACGCACAGUGGCCAAUGAAGCGAUCCAACGGUUGUGGAAUAGAUUGGCUUACGUUAUUGGUAGAGAUGGCAUGUCCAUAGAAGAGCACCAAGUUUAAUCAUUUAUCAUUCAAACCAUUCUCUCAUCAUUGCAUUACAAGUUGCCGCUACAUCAUUACCACAAAAAAAAUCUAUCAUCAUUGAUCAUUACCUAGUGGUAUUGUUGCUAUUGCAUGUUGUAUAAAGUAUACC